AAUGAUGUUAUUUGUCCUCAUGAUAUGGUAUUUUCAUCAAAUUAUUACUUGUAUUUGAACUUUAUUCUUGUAAAAUUACUGCUGACACGUGGGCUGCACUGCCCCACGGGCCACACCCUUGUUUUAGUGUAAUGAAUGGAAAGACAUUGGGCAAAUCUCACGUAAAAGCUCCACAAAACACCCAACAGAGGCCAGAUUUCCCCCAGUUUGUUUUCAGAAAACACAUGUUUCCAAUAAGAACAACAUGACUUUACUUUAUUUUCUUCGUAUGCGCCCACAAUUCUCACCCAUUCUUUCACACAGCCACGCCUCUCGUGUCCCUCUCCGCCAGUUUACUCCUCGCUGCCGAUCUCCGCAGACAACAAGAAACCAGAAAGAGAAAGAGAGGUGUCCUUUUAUUUUUUUUUGCAAGUGGGAGGAGACUUAGGGGAAUACACAGGUGGAACACAGAUUGGGAGGAGGCAUUUGUUUCAGGAUAAACAAGGUGGAGGUGCGGGGGUUGCGGCGAUGAAGGUGGAGCGUUGUUAGCUGGCCCAGGCGCUCAGGGACAGGUUAGACAGGUUUUGCCCCACAUGAUACCUGCUUUAGAAAAGCUACAGCAGCGGCAAGAGAGUGCCAAAUAGCGUGUCUUUUUGAGGAAAAGAAAAGAGUUCAAGGCACAUUUCAACGUUAACCACAGAAAGGAAUUCAAGAUGCCGGAGGAAGGCCAAUAUUAUGGAAAGCAUGGCGAGCCCAGAAAGUAUGAUCCCACGUUCAAGGGCCCGAUCCACAACAGGGGCUGCACAGAUAUUGUGUGCUGCAUCAUCUUCAUUCUUGCCAUACUGGCUUAUAUUGCAGUGGGAAUACUUGCUUGGUCGCAGGGUGACCCCAGGAAGGUGAUCUAUCCCACAGACAGCGAAGGCCAGUUCUGUGGGCAGGGCAAACUUAAGAACAAGACGCUGCUGUUUUACUUCAACAUCAUGAAGUGUGCCAGUCCCAUGGUUCUGCUGGCGUUCCAGUGUCCGACCACACAGAUAUGUGUGGAGAAAUGCCCUACCAAGUUUAUGACGCUGACCAGCGCCUUCACUUCGGAGUUCGACGACUAUCGGCCCUUCUGCAAGGAAAGCUUGGAUAUCACGCAACUGGCCACUCCAGUAGAACUCCUCAAAUCAGGUGUCUGUCCUGGCAUUUUGAUCCCCAGCACACCUGUCUUUCGUAGAUGCCUCCCAACUUUGGCCAAAAAAAACGGACAGAUAACGGUGGGAGACAAAAAUACUUUUAAAGAUGAAAAUGAAAAAGACAUAAACGCCGAAGAUCUUGUACCUGCAGUGAAGAAUGCGUCUAUGGUUCUUGAAUCUCGUCAGGUGUUCAUGAAGAUCUUUGAGGAUUACACACAGUCCUGGUACUGGAUCCUGUUAUGUUUAGUUAUGGCAACGGUCCUCAGUCUGGUCUUCAUCAUCGUACUGCGCUUCCUCGCAGGGAUCAUGGUCUGGGUCAUGAUUGCCUUGUUGAUACUCGUCAUAGGAUAUGGUAUCUUUCACUGCUACAUGGAGUACGCUCGCCGGGAGGGACAGGCUGGUGCUGAUGUGACUCUACAGGAGCUUGGCUUGCAGGCAGACUUCACUAUCUACUUUCAGAUCAGACAGACCUGGCUGGCCUUCAUGAUCAUCCUUGCUAUCGUGGAGGUCAUAAUCAUCCUACUGCUCAUCUUCCUCAGGAAAAGGAUCCUAAUUGCCAUAGCACUCAUUAAAGAAGCCAGCAAGGCAAUUGGAUAUGUGAUGUGUUCGCUUUUCUACCCACUCUUCACUUUCCUGCUUCUGGCCGUGGUCAUCGCCUACUGGGCAGUGACUGCUGUUUUCCUGUCUACCUCAAAUGAGCCCGUCUACAAAGUAGUCAACAAGACGGCGUGCACGCACUCCAUGACAACAUGCAAUCCAGAUAACUACAAUACAACGGACAUGUUUAAGGAGUGCCCUUUCUCGGAGUGCCUUUUUGCCUACUACGGCGGAGACACGGUUUACCACAAAUACCUGAUCGGCCUGCAGUUCUACAACGUCUUCCUCCUCUUUUGGUGUGUCAACUUUGUGAUAGCGCUUGGACAGAUGACAUUGGCGGGAGCAUUUGCCUCCUACUACUGGGCUUUUGUCAAGCCAGACGACAUACCUGCCUUCCCAAUCUUUUCGGCCCUCGGGAGAGCUCUCAGGUACCACACAGGAACUCUGGCUUUUGGCUCUCUGAUCCUUGCAAUAGUCCAGGUCAUCAGGGUUCUGCUGGAGUAUCUGGACCAUAAACUUAAAGGAACCCAAAAUAAGUUCACCAAGUUCCUCUUGUGUUGUCUGAAGUGCUGCUUCUGGUGCCUGGAGAAAUUCAUCAAGUUCCUCAAUAGAAAUGCAUACAUUAUGGUGGCAAUAUAUGGCAAAAACUUCUGCACUUCUGCCAGGGAUGCCUUCUUCCUUCUCAUGAGGAAUAUUGUCAGGGUGGCUGUGUUGAACAAAGUGACAGAUUUUCUCUUGCUGUUGGGCAAACUGCUCGUUGUCGGACUUGUGGGAGUCUUUGCUUUUUUCUUCUUCUCGGGGAGAGUGAAGGCCUUUGAGGACACAGCACCCAAUCUCCACUAUUACUGGGUGUCCAUCGUGACUGCGAUGGUUGGCUCCUUCCUCAUCGCCCAUGGAUUUUUCAGCGUGUAUUCCAUGUGCGUGGACACACUUUUCCUCUGCUUCUGUGAAGACCUGGAGCGCAAUGACGGUUCACCCUCGAGGCCUUAUUACAUAUCCCCUACUUUGGCUGAGAUUCUGUUGAAGAACAAGGCUGACAAGACGGAGGAUCCAUCAGCUUCUCAGGAUGAAGAUGACAUCACUCUGCAGCAACAACAAGCUAAGGAGGAGGACAUAAUCUUAGUAGACGAGAGUUCUGUCGACAAAAACGCUUCUGUAGAUUAGGAAAAGUGUCUCUUUUGAACCUCUUGUCAUGGGGCUUACUGUAGAUAGUGUAGCACGCUUACAGGUGGCAAACAUGCACCACAGGGAUGUUUUCUUCUACUGUGAUAUGUUUCAUGAUGGUCUUCACAAUUGCAUGGUCUCCCAUUUUGUUGCAUUGUCAAGUGUGUCGGAAAACAUGUUGGAAUUCGGUGUUGGGAAAUGUGACUGGUAGUCAUUUAUUGGCCAUUUCAAGUCACAAUGUGCCUAAUUUCCUCCCAUGCCUCCUAUGGAACGUAAACCAAAUUUGAUCUGUACCAAUGAUGAAUACAGUGGAUCCCCUCACGUUCGCGAUUCAGCAAAUUGUUCUUGAUCAAUUUUUUUUUUCUCCUUGGGGGGCAGUUUUUGCGCAGAAAUCUCACCCAUCAUAAGUCGAAAAUCAUUUAUAAAGAUACCGGUAACAUGAACAGGGUCACUCACCUGAAAAUAAAAAUGUGACAUUGCAAGAUCGGUCCGAAAUCGGCAAAAAGUAAUGUGAAUGGGUCUGCAUCUAAAAUCUCCUCUCUACAAGCGGCCCAUUCCAGACUCCGCUCUCGCAUGCACAGACCGCGUGAUCACAACAGCCUGUGCUAACGUGCUAAGGAAGUAGGCAAGGAGCAGGAGUGAUGUCGGCAGACGUUGCAGCGGAGUACAAAACUUGUCAUGCACGCGUUUCUCGUGAUGAAAGAGAAGCGGGGAAGUUGAAAUAGACCAACCUCAAAACGGCAUGAGGAUUUUCGCCAGGGAUGCACGCUAAAUUUAUUUUCGGAGCCGAUACCGAUAAAUUUCUUAAAAAAAAAAAAUAGCAGUGACUCAGAUGGCAGUGGGCCCCACUGCUGGCUGUAGGGUGGCUUCUUUCGCAGUGUGGGUGUCUUUGUGGACUUUGGUGUGCCGUCGUGGCGAUAUCGGUGUUUCGGGCGUCAUGAAGCGUUAGUGGGGACGUCCCAUACGAUUGACGCCUUGUUUGUUUACAACACAUGUUUACAGGAUGUACAGGUCAUGCUUCUCACGAUAACCCUUGGAUUUAUUGGUACAGGUCCAACAUCAUAAUUAUCACACACCACUAAUUUUUGCACGGCCCUGGAUGAGAAGAAACAAACCUUUUGGUUCCGUCAAACAGCCUUCGGCGUCCAAAACGUGUGCAAAGCAUGAGAAAUUCCCACAAACUGUCUCAGAAAAGAGCCAGCCCCUGUCGGCGGUGAGUGUUGACUGUUGUUCUGAGUAGUAUCACUUCAUCAAGCCAUUCCAUGCUACAGGAAAAAGUCACAAGUCAGUACGUAUGAUUCUUGCCGAUAUUGGACUGGUAUUGUAUCGGAAGUGAAAAAGUUGUACCACUGCUAGAAAGCCCACAAUUUGUACGUUUGUCAUAUGCGUCAGUGUUGUUUGGCCGGCGGUGCUUUAACGCACCUUAGUGCCAAAAUCUGGCCUCAAAUCAUUCAUCAGUGGUGCGUACCUGUACGUUUUCAACGGCAAUUGAGGGAAGGGGAGGGAUCUGGAGCUGAGUGACACAACCGCCGCUUCUAUUGCAAAUGCUGACCAGAAACAGUUGGUCUCAGGUUGUAACUGCUGCGAAAUUGGGGAUCCACUGUAUAAAUAACCUUGUUGCACCUUGAAUUGCCUUAAAAUGCUUGUUUUUACUGUAAAUCAACAGUUUGAUGGCAAUUAAGAACACAUUUCUCAAUGUACUUGCUCUAAUAAAGCAGAAUUACUGACGAGUAACAAAAAAAAUGAGGAAUCUAAACUUUAAUGUUAAUCUGUUAAUUGCAAAAUGGUUUGUUUUGGUGCUAUUCCAAUAUCUGCACACAAAACAAUGCUGGCAGUGGUGAGAAUCUAAUCUUCACGUGUAAUCAUGACAUGUCUUGUUUGAAUCUCUCUAGUGGAGGAUCUGGAGAGGAACGACGGCAGCCCAGAGAGGCCAUACCUCAUGCCUGAGAGCCUCCGCCAAGUCCUGAACAAGAAGAACGCCCGAGCGUCUUAGAGCGCUUCCUCUGUGCUACCAGUGGCAGCGUUACUGUGUUUAAGUUGGUAGCUUGAAGUCAUCGUGCGGAGAAGAGGACGGGGAAACGGCCUAAACGAUCGUCGCCAUAUCAGAUAUUUAAUAUGAAGCUUGGUGGAUUUUAAAACAUCUAAGCAGAUUGUACAUUUGCGGUGCAGUCAAAUUUUCAUUUAAGAGCACAGUUUUCUAUAUUUGUCAUAUUUAAGGUACAUGACUAUUAACUUAAAAGUAACAGUUUUCCUUGGAGUUUUUCCUUGAAAAUGUAUAACAUAUAGAUAUAUAUAUAAUGUAAAGAUAUCUCUUUGCUUUGUGUACCAAAGCCAUUGUACCGCCAAUUUGAGGUGCACACUGCAUGUCGCAUUUAAUGUGUUUUUGUAAUACUUUUCAGGUCAUUUUUUAUCCCCAUUUCAUGUUUUUGGAGUUAAAUGUUUUUGAAAUAAAACAUUGUUUUGUA